CAUUUAAGUUCUAACUUGCCUUCCUCGUCGCUGGCUUGUUAUGGGACACGGUGUUUCGAGAGACAAACAGAGAAAAGUAGCAAGACCACGAACUCAAGCAUCACGCAGUUCUUCGCAAGACAGCAGCCUUGACGCGUUUAACAAGUGGCCGCCCUCCGAUCCCCACACACCCAUCGACCUUCCUUCGGACGACGAAAACUGGGCCCUUGAAUAUCCCUGGGCCUGGGCCUACGAGAACGAAGAUCCGUUGCUGGCAGUGAAGCGCGAGCGGGAAUACUUCCAGGCCCUCUACCAGUCGUCUAUCGACUCGGAUGCAGAAGCUGGGCUACACGAGGCUGUUGCAGCCCUCACCAAGCGACGCCAUUGUCGCGGCAAUCCAGUGAGUAGCUGUGUUGAUGAAAGAUAUGACGAUUUCGAGUGUUCGGACUGGGAGAGUUAUGCCGAGAGCGAGACCCUGGCCUCUGUGGCCAGGCAGCAACGGGAGGAACUAGAAAGAGUAUGCCAGCUCUGGUCUGAAGAUGAAUCAUCAGUGGACCCUCCAUCUUCUGCGUUAAUCGCCACAGUUUCAUCUAAAGGGUCAUUCUCUUGGAAACGGCCGUCGCUGUCGCCAAUAGAGUUCCCGAUCAGCUAUAGGAAAGCUGGUUUGGAUGGUUCGCCGGUGGACCUAUUAGACAUCAAAGACGACCCAUGUUUAUUAUUUGGACAGAGUCUCACAGCGCGUGACAGAUACAGGUCUUCCCGUGUGUACACUUUCUGUGCACUACAGACCUCUGACCAAAUUUACAAGAUGGAUAAUGAAUCUUCAGUUGACAGCCCUACUAUGGUGACCAGAAUGCUUCACGAGUUGGAUGCUUCCUGUGAGGCGUCUGGGACUUCAAGUCCCGGAGAAUCUUCUGUAGACCUGCGCGUUGAGGACACAGAUGUUCUCGCCAACGGACGAGUUACCAGUACUGACGCGGACAAACUAAGUGAUGUGGACAGAUUCGGACGUGCUUGCGAUACUUUCGUUUUCUUUAAGCCCGAAGAUUGUCUCCACAUAACAAGACAUCAACCCUCCCCUGAAAAGAAGAGGGAAACUAGUUCCAGAUCAGAAGCUUCUUGCGACGAAGCUGACGAGGACGAGGAAGAUGAGAAAAUAGAAUGUUUCGAUGCCAAGGGAAAUAUACCGAUUUUUGGAGAGUCCAGCGUCAACGAUGCCACCUCGAGUUGCUCGAGACUGUCGCUUCUUCAAGGCCAUCCUUUACGACGUAGUUUUCUGCCAACAGAUCAUUCCCCAGAAAACGGCCACUGGAGUGACCAUGACAUGAUGUUGGUUGCUACCGGUGAACAUGGUGUCAACGUCCCCGUUCAGUCGCAUUCAACCCAAGAGGCUCGCGCUGCAUGCUUUGAAAUUGGCCGCAUAUCUAAAUCCACAGGUACGAUUUAUGACAACAAUACUUCACGGAGUGUCGAGGACAAUUCCUCACCAUCAGAAGGUUUCUUAGAAAUCUUUCGUGAUGUGUGUAACAAUAGGGACGUCGACAAGAUAAGCAUCGAUGGCGAAUACCGGGUUUAUCAAGAAAACGUCAGUGCUAUUUCUACAGAAACACUUAAAAGAGAGAGGUCAGACGAUGAUGACGUAAUCGAUAACGCCGUGCCCUUUUGUGCCGAGCCAGAUCACAUGAUGUCCUCCAUAGAUAAUGAUGCCUUUAUGUACAUGUCUGUUUCUGACGUAGAAUGUGACGUCAUGGACCAGCGCAGUCCGUCAGACACUGAUGCAAAUGACCCGCGAAGUCUGUCCGACAUGGUGACGUCAUCGACUACAGAUGUUUCUUCUGGAACCAUAUCGCCUUCUGGAGACUUUAUCACUGACGAAGCGUAUGAUGAAAGCAUGGGAUUCUUGUCACAUACAGGCAUCACACCUAACAGGUUAAAUACUAGAUUUCAGCAGGCACUUGAUUUUGCUCGGGAACAACAUUGUUUUGGAGGAGACACCCAGCAGAUUGCUGCUAGUAUCGAGACACCCCAGAUCCCGAUGUGCGAAAUCGCCUCCAUGCUUCCUGAUUUUCUAGUGGAACACCCGAUCAGCCAUCAGGCGCCAAUGUCACCCAUAGCAUCAAUGAAUGUAACAGAGGCAGACAAAAGUGGAGAAGAAAGCUUAGCACGUGACCAGGUGGUCUACAAUCACAACGAGAAAGCAGCUAAAGCACGGACUAAUUCAAGACAGUUGACAGAAGUUCUUCCGGUCGAUUGGAGCUUACGCUCUCAGAGUGAGGAUGAAAUUGUCGCUCACUAUCCUGCUGAUGGAUUUCGCCAAGGUUCUGUUCCUCUUGAAACGUUGAGCGCAGUCUCCAGUACGUCACAGCUGACGACCACGUUAUCGACAAGUGCACUGUGUGAAACCUUUGGGCAUGAUCUGCAGGCAUUUCCACACGAACCUCUCUAUCUCUUAGGAUCUGACCUCAGUGGAGAGCUCCGAGAAAGAAUAUCAGGGGCAGAUGAGCAUAGACAAGGUUCACCUCAUCAAUCGGAGUCACUCCAAAGUACGAAGAGUGGUGAUGGCUUUACUUCAGCAAUCAAAGAUCUGUCGGAAGACCACCUACGCGCCAGUUCGGUGACGAGUGGACAGGUUUAUAUGGUUAGGGGAUCAGAUGAAAAUUAUCAGGAGUCUUCUGUUGAUGAAUCAGCGGAAGUCAACAUUGAAAAAGGUCGUGAAAACCUACAAACCAACAUUCCAGGCACUGCGCUGACCAGUGAUAUUAUCAGGGAAGAUGUUUUAAAGGACAUUCCAGGUGAAUUUGAGAACACUGCCCAGGAACACCUUCCGAAUGAAUAUUGUUUUGAGGACAGAUUUGGCGACCUGUGUAAGUAUGAAUCGACAGGAACAAGAUCUGAUGAUGUGUCCAGCAACACGUCCGUCCGAUCCUCAAUGAUAUCCGAUGACUCUUCUGUUGAUGCUUGGUCUGAUACCUCGUCAUCGAAAACAGUUAUUCUUGUAGACGGCGUACCCGUAGACCCAACAGGACACAGACGUUCUGAAACCUAUGACGACUUCAUAGCCUUACUUGAUAAUGGCGACCGAGAUAACAAAGUGGGUAGUUUUCAUGAUGAUCAUAUGGGAGAAGCUGAUGAGCUUGAUAGUUCAAUGAGUGUAUCUUUGAAAAGGAUCGAGAAGCUGGACAUUAAAACUACUUUUUUCAGAUGGGAUGAAGGCGCAGCUUUGGAACAGGGGAAGAGCGGAGACGAGCACAGUCAUGUGAAAAGUUGCGAGGAGUUUAGCCAAGAAGAUGACAGUGGAGACGUUGACCAUGAAAAUCAAUUGCGCAUCGCUCAUCUGUUAGAGGCCAGAAUGGCUGCCGAGUCAAUAUCUGAGCCUUCUGCUGCACUUUUAAAGCCAGGACAACUUUUAGACAGGAUCAUAGCUCUGACCCCCAACAUGGCCUGGUCGACCAAUUCCUCUUCCAGACAGGAUUCUCUACCUGAAUAUAACCUUGGGAACAAGAAAGCAGAUGGCCAGAAUAUCUACACUAAUCAGGACCUCGAUACAGCCCUUGAUACUGCUCGUUGGACUUCGGAUAUUGUCGUUGCUUCAGACAGUAUCAGGAUGUAUAAUGCCACGUCUCAUACAGCUGACACGAUAUACAGUAGUGCAGCUGGUGAUAAUAAUACAACAAUACCACAAGUGAUGCAAGUCAUUAGUGAUAUUGCUGAUGAGACCAUUACUUCUGUUAAUGAAGGUACACUGUGUGAAGUACCAGGUAAAGUCAAAGGUGAACACGAUGCCACAGAAUCUGAAGAAAAUUGUCUUGACCUAAAGCAAAACUACAUCGUCUCAGUGCCUCCCGCUGCAGAGGAUAUCUCAAGCAAGCACCAAAUUGACGCCUUACAGAUGGCAGACAAAAACGAUGCAGCUUCACUGGAUGUAAAGCAAACUGUCUUACCUGAAAAACAAGAGAAGCUUAAUAUGACGAAAGAAAAUGAGAAAAUUAUAGACAAAGGAGUUCCAGAAGGCGUCGUAUCCCAUACAUCAAAUAAUACUUUCUGUGAAGACAAUACUACAUCUCCUGAAGUAAUAAAUGAUACAUUUCCUACAGGACCAAACAAACUAGCAGAAGUGGAAGCGUCUGAAAGAGAAGGGGAUAUAGAAGAUUUUAUAGAAGUAAAUACUGAAGUGUUAGAAAGUGUAGAAGAUGUUGUAGGUAUCGAAGAACCAAGAAACAUUAUAGAGGCAGACAAUAUGGUUACAGAAGACAAAUCAGAAACACAAAUAGUGACAGGACCUGAGAAAACAACAGAUACUAAAACGUCCGAACAAGGUGAUGUAACAAAAUGCGAGGAACCAGAAAAUGGACUGUCAGGAGAGCAAUACGUCACAAGUCAUGAAAAACUACUUCCAGUUGGGAUGACACUAUUUGAAAAAGAAAGUGGCUCAACAGUACUCGGAGGGGAAAAUUCUGCAGUCUUGGAAAUGCAGCAGGACAUGACAGUUCCCCAGGAACCACAACUUCACGUCACAUCAUGUGAAGAACUGAAAGAUUCAGCACAAGAAAGAGAAGACCUCAUGGUUAAUGAGAAACCAAAUGACAUCGUAGUUUCCGAAGGGCAAGGCUACUUCAGAGUAUUUGAGAAUCUUGAAAAUACUGUAAUGUCUUUAGAGGAACCAGAUAAUACUGCAGCUUCUGAAGCACAAAGUGCCUGGACAAAGCUUGAAGAUUCAGAAGACACAGUUCUUGAAAAACAGAACGUCACUGUUCUUGAGAAACCGAAGGAUAAUGCAGCUUCUGAAGGGCAAUAUUCAGCCAGAAGUUUUGAGGAACAAAAUUGUAUAGUUGCAGAAAGAAAAGAUGAUGUCACAGUUAUUGAGAAAUCAAAGUAUACCGCAGUAUCUCACAAACAAGAUAGAGACACGAUAUUUCAAGAACCAGAAGAGACAAUAAUAUCUGAAAAAGAAACUGCCAAAACUGUAGAUGUCAUCUCAAAACUUCAAGCUCUAGAAGACGUUGUAAACGAUGAUCCCCAUCAGGAAGCAUUGUCUGAAGGAGAGUACCAGGCCUUAUGGCCUAAGCAAAAUGCCAGUCUUUGUGAAGAACAAAAGGCUGUUAAUCUCUUCGGGAGACCCGAAGAUGCCUCACCACUUAAUGAAGAUGAAAGUUCCCUAGCACUCCAGUUGUCAAAAUCUGUGAAAGUGUUUGUUUGUGGAAAAGAGGAGCCUGAAAACCUCAGAAUGUCCGAAAUGCAUGAAGGAGUCUUGCCAUCUCGAACAAGCAUCUCGUUGUCUAAAAGAUCUGAAUACGUCGAACAAUUUGUUGAAUCAAGAGAUGUCAAAAGCUCUAAAGAAGACGAUGACUGGUCAGCAGGUCAGACUGAGGAGGACACCGCACGCGCAGGUGCAGACAGUCGCCAGGCUUCUGCGGUUCCUGUAGAGCGUCAACUUCCAGCGGACUCUCGGAAUUCGUUAGUUACGUCACGGUUCGUCGUGCACCGUAGCCAUGGAUUGAGCAUAGAGGUAAUGAACAGGUCACACAUGGCAGUCAACGUGAAAAUAAACAAACUGCAAACAGAGCACGUAGUGAGAUACCAAUUCUACGACCCUCAUCCCAUAACUCUGCAAGUUUCACAGGAUACAGCAGCGAAGCUUAACAACGAUGUUGCCUCGAUAUCUGAAUUCCAGAGACUUUUGCCAGGAGAGGAUGUUGACUACACGCUCGCUACUGACAUGUAUCAACGAUCGCUGACUGCAGUACCGCCAGAGGCUGUCGAUUUGACCAAGGUGUUGAACACAGAAUCCUGUAAAUCUCUGAACAAAACUCACUCACUGGAGGCAGGCGAUGGCUGUAUCCAGACAUCAUCAGAGCAGUAUCAGCAUGACAUAACAGCGGGUCCUAGUCUCGAAGUCAGAGAAGGCCUCAUUUACCCAGCCGCUACUAUCACUGAAAUUUGUGGAAUUCUGACGGAGAACUCUAUGGCAUCAGAAGCUUCUUGGCAACAAAACAAUGAAACAGCGAUAAGACAUGAAGAGGAAUUGCCAAAAGUACUACUGGGGACUGAUGCAGAACUGACACACAGAACAGACAGUCCAGCUCUCGCUUUUAGCGAGGUCACUUUAUUGACCACAAGAGAUGACGUAGAAUACAGCCAAGUGCCUGUUUCUGCCACAGAAUCUUACAUUGAAGAUAUGGAAGCGGACUUCGAAAAAGAACCGAUACAAGCAAGUGACUUCGAAAGUCACGAAGAAGAUAGAACUGCCGACAAUUUUCUUGAAAAAGAAGCAUUCACGCUCACUGGUGAUGAGAGAGCAAAUGAAUCUGAAACAGAGUCAUCUGAAUUCAUCACGAAUUGUUUGGUUAAUGCCACACUACUAGUGGCACAGAAGGAAGACAUUACUGAAGGGUUAUUGAGAACCGAAAAGUACGAAGCUGAAUCGAGUACAGACUGGUCAAGAGAGUCACCUUUGACACUGCCUUUGGAAGAAAGUGUUCAGUACACUGAGGGAGUGAACCAGGUCAGCCUUGAAGCAUAUGAAGAUCAAGAAAUCGAAAUACCUGCUUGUGACUGGAUUAAAGAUGUGCCUGUAGCUAUUCCUUUGGAAGACGGAAGAGUUCAGAAAGGAGAUGACAACCUCGUUUGGGAACCAUACGAAACGCAAGAAAUUAAUAAACCAGCUUUUGAUCAGUCUGAAGAAAUGCCUUUGACCAUGUCGGUAAAAGAUAAAGAAGAACAGGAAGAGGAAGGUGACACCCUUACCCCUGGAUCAUACAAUAAACGAGUAGUUGAUAAAGCUAUAUCUGAGUGCUCCGAAGAAGUAGCCUUGGAUACGUGCUUGGAUGACCAAGAGAAAGUGAAGGGAGAAGUCGAGCGUUCAGUCCUCUUAGACUGUAAAACAGCCAUCGGGCAUAAAGACCAAUUGCAAGGAGAAAUCUCGACGACUGAUACAGAACUGAUGCACGGACCAGAAAAUCCAGCUUUUGUCCCAUUUUCUGACUGGUCAGAAAAGAUAGAGAACGAGGGCUUUAUUAUGAUGGUGAAAGAUGAAACACGGAAAGAAGAUAGGCACAUAGUUCCCGAAACAUGCGCAGCACGAGCGACCGAUAUAGCUACAGUUGAGAGGUCACAAAACGUGCUCUCAGGUGUGCCUCUGGAUGACGAUGCUGAGCAUCAAGUCCAUUUUGACACUAAAAAAGCAGUAAUACGGGGUGACGAAGUGCAAAGAAACGAUUCCUUGAUGAGUGACGAAGAACUGGUGCAGAGAUCAGACACAUCAGCUUCUGUCUCGAGACAGGUUUCUUAUCUAACCCCAAGAAAUAAUGAACAGAACCAUACGUAUUUUGCAGAAGACGCUGUUAAUGUAGAUAUGGAAAGAAACGAAGAAUAUAAGGAUACAUCAUUUGCAGAAGAUACUGUUGAGGUAAGCAAGGCUGUUUCAUUUGCGGAAGGGAUAGCACUAAGUGAAGUGGCAGGGGAGACAGACGAUGGAGUAAAAUUAGAAGAAAAGACGACAGAAGCACAAAGACAUAACCAAGAAGUAUCAAAAGCAAAGAUACCUGAGAUGCUGGAAAAAAGACUAGACACAGUGACAAGCGAUAAGAAAAAAGUGACAAAGCAGCAAGAGAAGGAAAUGAAACAGCAAAAAGAGGUUUUCAAAGAAGAGGCAGGAAAAAUUACGUCAAAACAAAAGCUAGAGGAAGUAACUGACCGAGAACUGGAGAAAGUGACAGAAGAAGAACUACAGGAAGAGAUAGAAAAAGAAGAAGUUUCAGAACAAGAACUAGAAAACGCAGCAGACGUUGUUACAAAUUGUUGUUACAAAUUGUUAGUGCAAGAAAUGAUCGAGACAAAGCAAAAAGAAACAGUAGAGGCAAUGCCUCCGGAAACAAAAGAGCAACAAGAAGAAACGAAAAAGGAGAAAGAGGAAAUGAUAGAGCAACAAAGAGGCGAGACAGAAAAAGAACUAGAAAACAUGGAAACAGAGCAAGAAAACAUCGCUAAACAAAAUUGGCAAGUGACAGAAGACAUGCAGAAAGUGGAAGAAAAACGAAUGAGCAUAAUAGAAGUAGAGCAAGACGAAAUGAGAGGAGUUGAGAAAAAUAUUGUACUAAUAGAUUGCAUAGAACCAGAGGUAAAAGUCACAAGACGAGACCUAAAAGAAAGACAGUGUGAGUUUGAAACAAAGGGUAGCUUUGUCACAGCAGUAAAUAUCUCACAAGGUUAUGAAGGAGGUGACUGGAGAAACCCGUCUGAUCACCAAGGCAAAAUUUCAGCGGAAGCUUUCCCAGAUUUUCACAUUUCUAGCGAAAGAACUAGCAACACAGACGACAUCUUGGGAGAAGAAUGGCCAGCUCCAUCGUCGACUUGGGUGCAUGAAGAAAUUCUAGAAGCUGCAGAUGACUCACCACCACAGACAUCGUUGUUUGACGACGAGCAAGUUUCCAGACUCUCAGAAAAACAAACCGGAUGUUACACUGCAGACAAAACAUUCGGACUAAGAUCCGUUGAGACACACUCCGUUGUUUCGGGCAAAGAACCCGUUUUCUCUGAGCAACAGCUGGAGUUAUUCCUUCCUCAGGCAUUGUCCGAAGAUCACCUAACGGAUUUCCACAAUAAAACAGAGGAAGAAAAUAAGGAAGAGCAGGCGUUUCUGCGCAACAUUGUGACGCAAAUAAAUUCCAUGAUAUCAGACACAGAAGGGGAUGGUUUAUGUCAUUCUAAUCCUUCCCUUCUGACAGAGCACCCAUCACCCAGUCCAAUAGAUAAUAUCACCCAAAAAGAAGAUGAUGACGCAAUAGCACGCAAAACCCACGAGUCAGAAAACAAUGAUGAAAACAGAGAAGAGCUUAUUUCAUCUGAUAUUCAAAAUACAGGAGCACCCGACACCAUACAUGAGGACCUUGGGGUAAACACAGACGUCUUGUUGCAAGUACACGGUGUUCGCAUCAACAUUGCUGACAUCGAUUCGACAGACAAAAGCCUUGAUUUAUUGUCAAGGCCAUCUGAAGACAGUCCAUCUAAAGACUACGAUGUGGACAUAGGCAAAGAAAGUGGAGCUUGCUGCGCAAGACACACAGGCCGGUGGGCUUUUUUCGCAGAUGGAGACGAGUGGACAGCUGACAUGGCUGACAUCGAGGAGUUCGAGGCACAGCUGGAUGUGGUGCGUGACCUCGUGGUCACGCUGUCCGACCGUCUCGGUUUCGAGAUGAAUGUUAACACCAUGGACCUCGUGGAAGUCAUCGAUGCUCUUGCUGCGCGUAUUGAAAUGGACCAGCAGCAACAUGGAACCUGCAGACUGCAAAGAAGGCAAUCAUUGUCAGAGAACGCUCAAGUCUUGGAAGAGCUUUCGAAAAGAUAUGAAACGAAAAUCGAAUCCGACAAAGACACUGACAUCAUGCGGGAACUACAAUUACAGACGCUUCCAGUUACGGAAUCUUUGAGCACCGCAGGCACCAGCAACAUGGAGGAAUCAGGUCACUUAGUUAACCAGACCCACCAAAAGAUCGACGACCUACUACAGCAGAUCGCGGCCCUCACCUCCACCUUGACCCUGUCCACCACAUGCAGCGAUAACAUACAAGAAGUUGAAUCUUCUUUGCAGGAAGUUUGCCCACUGACAGUUCUCAUGUCAUCUAUCAAAAGACUUGAGUCCGUGAUAUCAGCGCUUUCUUUUGUGGACAUUCCAGAUAAAACAGACUUUCAGGGAAUUGAACAAACAGACCAAAGACACGAUUCAGACCUUCAUGGAUUGGUACAAACAGACCAAAUACAUAAGAAAACUGGACAAGACAAGUCUCGCUGCUCAGAAGUCGACAUGGAAAUAAAAGAAGACGAUGACAGCGAAGCAUACAAAACCAAAGUUCAUUUUAAUGAAAUCAACAUAGAUGGCGCCACGAGCAUUGAAACUGCAAACAACACACUGGAAGCUAACCGCCCCAGAACAAUGUCCUUAGCGUCAGACGACAACAGCUCUGACGAGUCCUUCGCGGAUACUACAAGCGAGGCAGCAGCUGCGGGGACUUGCAAUGAUAUGCUUAACACACGCUUUAUCAGCCUGCAGAACAACAAUCCCGAGAUAAGACCUUUGUCACCUGUACAUCAAGAUACUAGUCUAGAAUAUGAGUCAGCAGAGGAAAACUCUGUACUUGAAGUAGUCGAUAUCGUCCCCUCUGCUACUCAGGGUCAGUUAAUCGAUGACAAGUGCUGUACUGAAGUAUACAAAGCAUCGGACGAAAAUUUAGACUUCAGCAGACAAGAAGAUGUAGCAUCUCUUUCUUUAACCGAAUCUGUACAAUCAGACACUGAUGCGGAAUCAUGCCAGAAUGACAUAAUUUACAAUGACACCGACAACUGCCUGCACGAUCCCAACGAAGAAAGAGUCUUAUUCGCUAGACCACAUAAUUCUGAUAUAAUUACUUCCGACGACACCUACUCCAAAUACUUAUUGGAAGAAGAUGCGACAUCGGAAGAAGAGAACUUUUCUUGUGCAUUAGAUUUCUCAGUCAUACGACCAAUUAAAGAGUUUUCUCCCGAAUCUAAACAGGAAAUGCCUAGCGAGUCAUUUGUUUCUUCGCCCUUUCUUCCAGCUCUUCAGAAAUCAGCUUUACUGCCAGAAAGUGAACAGGUCAGCAGUUACGACAUAGCAAAUGCCACAGACAGAGCCAUGGAGGCUCGACACGUGACAUCUUUGUUUAGAGCAUUUUCGGAGGACCCUCAGUCAUCCCUGAUUUUCAAACUGGAGACUGUGUACCUCAUUGGUACGAGUCAGAGGGACGUACCUCCUCCAAACGACGAUGACGUGGCCUUGGCAAGAGUAGCAGUCAGCAAACCUGCUGGGCCCUCGUUAUGUGACAGCUACAGCUCUGUAGUGUCUGUCAAGAUCGGUCACUACGACCUCCCACGCCAUCUGUCGGAAGUGUCCAUCUCGAUGUCAAGCAGCUUUACAAGCGAAGGCUUGGACUUGCCCGUGGGCCUAGAAGACGAGGUGCUAGAGUGUGAACAAAUCAAAGACGAACAGACUUGGAAUCAAGAACUAUCGUCCGCAAACGCAGACUGCAUGGCGCAGGAAAGUUUUGAACGUGGAGACAGCGUUGAAUCUGACGAAGUUACCUGGGUGGAGAUGAGAAGCAGAGAAAUUAAAGGGACUUUAGUGGAAGAGUCGACGGAUCCAGCUAUUGUCCCAACUUUACCUGUCACGUCCUGCUUACAUGAUACUCAGUGUACAAGUGCACCUUCAGACCCCUAUACAGCUGAGAUGUCCUGUGAUGAGCCCAACCUCGUGUCGACACAGUCUCUGUCGGACUUUAGUCUCCGGACCUUGGACACCGAACCCGAGAAAGAUCCGAGAUUCAAGUCUGGUGCCACAAGUUGCGAUGCUUACCUUAAUAGUAAUCAAUUCUUAGAGUUGGCGCCACAGAAAACUAAAGGACAGUUUACAAAGGUAAAUUCUGUUCUGCCAGGAGCACAAAACGAUCGAGGGGAGGAAACAAUGACUAGUGAUGUAGUGAACCUACAUCAGAGCCCGACUAUAGGGGAUGCAAAAUAUGAUUCUGUUGGGCAGAGUGAUAAUGUACAGAAUUUACAGGAGUUCGACGAUGAUGGGAAUUUUUUUCGAGAGUCCGACGAUGCGAGUCUUGCGUUUGAAUCUGGCGAUGACGAUGUUAGGACGACUGAAGGUGCUGUGGUUAGUAAUGCCACAGGUGAGACAGCAGCAGUUAAAGAUGAUCUGUUGUAUAGCACACGUGACUCAAAACCGCUAGAACCAGAACAAGAGUGUGGUGAGGAACAGGCCAUAGCCAUCAGUGACUGGGACAAUCUUUCUAACAUAUUGCCUGGUGAGGACACUGCCGUGUUACCCGAAAAGGUGUCAGUAGGAAGGUCCUGGCAAAGCGAAGGCACGCUGAUAGACAGACGACAGGAAAAAGUCCCUAUGUCUGAGUGCCCAUUAGUCGUGGACAUCUGGCAGCUAGGAAACCAUCAGAACAUACCUGAGACGGCAGAUGAUGAAACAAUACAAAAGGAGGCCUUGAGGAGCGUUGAUGCACCACAAGAGGAGGACGCAGUAAUCGUGCAAACAUCCUCGGAUUUGCCCGUGAAGCAUGCCUGGGAUCCGUUGCAGCUAGAGUGCGACGCAUCAGCUCAAGAAGCUACUCAAGUGCCCGACACACCAGCACAAGAGUCUACACAACUGGCAACCCUACUAUCAGGCUCAGCAGUCACAGAGGAACACACCAUGCUGAAACCAGUGCUUCCCGCAUCAAGGGUGGAUGCUGCAGAUUUGCAUAUAGGGUAUGAAGAGUUGAUUAAAGAAGCUAGUGAUCCUCUUCACUUAGUGCUAGAGGCAACAGAUCUCAUGCGGACAACAUCUAGCGCUCAUCAGACAUCAGAAGAGGCCAGUAAGGCACAAACGUCGUCUGAGUCACGAACGAAAGACGACGACGAUUUUUUACAAAAUAUAUCUGACGCAUUCGUAGGAGACGUUGCAGAUAUGGGGAAACAAUCUGAUACACUAUAUGAAGAAAACGGGGAUUUGGAGGAUGUAAUAAAAGAACCAGUGAAAAAGACUGAAGGGACCAUGCAGGCAACAUUUGUCCCACCAGUGAAUGAUAUUGAAAGUUUAGUAGAGUUAACUUGCGAUCCAGCUGUGGAAGAAAAUGAAAUAACAGAGCUCGCAAAGCCCCUUCAUGAUGAACCAUUUAAAAAGGCUACAGGUCUGACGCAACCGAUAUUUGAAGAACCAGUUAUAAAUGCUACAUACAUAGUGCCAAAAAUCUCCGAUGAGCAAUUUGAAGAGACUACAGAUAUAGCACAACCAAAUCUUGAGGAACUAUUUGAAGAGCCCAUAGGAGGUCUGAGGCAACAGAUAUUUAAAAAAUCCUUUGAAGAAACUAAAGGUCUGACACAAACUAUAUCUGAAGAACCACUCCAGACUUCACUGAAGACUACAGAGCUGUUGCAAACAACAUUUGGCACGAUGUUUGAAGAUACUACAGGUCAUGAGAAGCCCUCUGACAAGGCAUUUAAAGAGACUACAGAUCUGGCACCACUAAUGCCUGAGGGCUUAUCUGAAGAGGCUCCAGAACUGACACAAGUGGGACACAAUGCACCAUUUGAUGGCAGUACUGACAGGGAAGUGCUGAUGAAUGAAGUGUUGGUGGAGGAUUUGGGUCGUUCUCAAUCAGUGUUUCACGGACCACUCAAAGAGACUGCAGACCAAGCACAAGAGACAUUAAAAAAAUCAGAAGAACCUACAAGUCUGGUUCAGCUAGCAUCUAACUUGCCAGGAAUACCAGAAGAAAAGGCUACAGAUGAAGUACAGCCGGCAUCAAACACACCAAAUAUGCCAGUAGAGGCUUCACAUCUGGUAAGGCUGGCAGUUGAUGUACUUGGAACACUAGAAAAAGAGGCUACAAAUCUAGAACGGCCAAAAUAUGGAACACCGAAAUUAACUGAAGAAAAAGCUACAAACCUUGCACAGCUACCCUCUGACACACCAGAAAACGAGACGACAGACCCAGAGCAACUGCCACUUGCUAACAACACCGAAGAGGACGAAGCCGGAAACCAACAUAAAUCCACCGAGAUAAAAACAAAUUUUCAGGGGAUCCAUGAGGACAAAAAUAGGACCAAGGAUUAUGACAAAUUGGACUAUGAGGACUCCCCGAACACAGGAGUAAGCAAUCAUUCUUGUGAUGGCUUAAAUCGGGAAGUGACUAAUGACAUGCAUCACGUGGGAGGUAAUGCAGAUACAUAUAGCAGAUACAACGCCAAGUCAGAUUCCUUCGAGGAGUCUGAUGACAAAUCAGACAAGGAAGAAGACAAGUUGAGAAAACUUUCGGAAACAGAAGACAAAGAGACAUCAGAGACUCUAACAGCAGAAGAAAGUCAACCAGCAGAAAUUAACAAUAAAGAGAGAGCAGGGAAGUUUGAUGAAGAUGACAAUGAUGAAGUAGAUAAAGGGGCAGAAGAGGGUUAUAACAUCUCCUCUGAAGACCAUAAAAGCUGUUACGAAGUACAAUACGCAGAUGAGAUCGUAUAUCAAAAAGACCAAGACAGCGAAAAGAGACUUGAAGAGGAAAACGAAACACUUGAUGAAGCCAAAAACUCGUCGAUGAACCAUCCAGCUUCUUUGGGGUCACAAGAGUCAGGAAGCGUGAAGAGUCCUUCAUAUGGCGACGAUGAACAGAAGGAGGAAAAUAUAGAGAAGGGAAACGAUGAAGAAUAUAUUAAACUUGACUCCGAGGAAGAUAAUGAAACCUCAGAACUUUUGAUCUCCAAAUAUAGUUUGAGGUAUGAUCAAUUGACAUCUGAGGAAGGCGAAUUAAAAGAUGAAGAUGAAUGUAAAAAGACAGAAGAAGCAAGCAAUAGCACAGAAUAUCAGAAAUAUUUCCUGUCUUCUAGGAAGAACGAAGAAGGCAACAACUAUGAGAGGGAAUGUGAUAAUUCCAGGAACCAGAGGCUGUCGGCUGAGGUAGAUGACGCAUCAGUCUCCUUCUCCGCUUUGCAACAGCCUGAGAAAGACACUUGGGACGACUUCAUGCAUUUGCCUCUACUUGAUGAUAUUGGUAGGCACGCUUCAGAAAUAGCUGAAAACCUAGUAAAUGAAGUUAUGGAAACAGAAAAAACCCAUCUGGAAAGUGAUGCUCUCUCAGAACAGGGAGUGGACAUGCAGACAUCGUCGGAUUCAGUUUUUUUCAAAGAUGAUUUGGAGGUACCAGCAUCUACAGUAUCACAACAGAUUUCACGCGCAGUGGAAACAUCAAAGACCUUGCCUAGCAUUUGCAGUGAGACACUAAAAACCGUUUCCACGUUAGAUUUGAAGAAAGGUACGCUGCCAAGAGCUGAUCAGACGGGGAGCAAGGAAGAAGACAAAGGUCCAGGUCUAACAAAAGAUUUGAAAAGUUCAACAGCAGCUGUAGGACCACAGAGGGAAGGCGCCUUACUUGAAAGGGAAACAAUAGAAAAGGAUACAAGUAAUACAGACAGGACAAAAACAGAGUCAGACCCCGUACCUCAUUCUUGCGUUUCCUUGAUGUCAGAACAACCUGCUUCUGAAGGAGACUCCACAAAACUAUCUUCCAUGCUCUCUGGGCUUCUGGUGAAGUCAGACACUGAAGACACAAUAGUUUUCGAUGACUCAAAAGCUGAAGAGGCGUCGCUACCUGUCAUCGACAUUCUGCCAUCAGAGGUAGACGUGGAAGGCGACAUCCCUAACGACUACGAUACACCCGAGUUUGCCCACCUCUUGACCUACGAAUUAGCCACAGCUCUUACGCACGAGAUCGUCCUUAUGGCGGAAGUUGAAGUUGCCAUGGAGGAUAUGGAUGAUGAUAGCAAUAGUUUCACUAGUGACCAGGAUGAUCAGGACCUGCAGUCUCAUGAACUAGCGAAGAAUGAGGACUCUCACUUGAAAGAAACGGAGGGUGGUGGACUUGUAUCAAGUGAGUUUGAGGAAGAUCACCUGACAAAGAAACUAGGGAGACCUGGCGAUGAACACAUCUCACAGAGUGUGAGAGUCAGUCAUGAAAUGCACCCUUUGCCGACAGAAAACACACAUGAAACACCAGAAACUGGAUCUGAAGCAACAGAGAUUGUCAACGAGGAAUUUAAAGCAGAGGAUGAGGAAAAGAAUGGAUAUGUAUCUGAUUCAAUCUGUUUUCAAUCUCUUGUGUAUUCUCCUGAAGAAGCCUUUGCCCCCUCAUCAGACGACGACACAGCAUUUUCCGUGCUGGACCACGACACCACGGGUGAGGAGACGCUGGUGAUGAGACGACUAAAGGCAGAUAAGCAAGGUAGCACCUGUCAGCAUAUGUUAGAAGGCGACACUGACACCGUGGAAGCUGUGAGAGACGAGGCACACAUUAGGAGUUCUUACACUUCCGUGGGAUCGGAAGAAACCCAGGGUAGCGUAAGCGAGGCCACCACAACAUCAGGGGAAUAUAUCAUCCACUCUCGAGGCUCGGUCGCCUCUGACGAUUCAGAGGAGCAAAGCACUUUACACAAUUAUUCUGACGACAUACAAAGCGCUGAAGUUUAUACAGACAAACAGGAAACAGUCAUUUUGCCUGAACGGGAUUUUGCAACUUUUUCUCUAGAACUCGACCACACAAAGCCUAAAGUCGUCAUCACCUCACCUACAUCUAUUAAGGAGAACUAUUACUGGAAGCACGAGGAGAGAGGGGCUGCUGUACAUCUGUCGUGUGAUGACUGGUUACAGCACUCGAAGGAAAACAAGGAAGAUGUCUACCAAAUGAAGCCAGAAUACAGAGAGAGCUUGCUGAUGUCAUUGCCAGCAGAAGAUUUCCGGGUCAGUGACAUAGAUGACAUGGAGAACUCGUCACAUAAAGAAACUGGUUUUAGUCAGGUGCUGUCUGACCUCGACCUCUGCGCCGACAAACAGACACAAGGUAACGCUGCGCACUCGGAUGACACCCCAACGACCUCUGCUAUUCGAACAACUUUCGAGGACCUGAAGCUCGAGGCCUUGGAGGCUGCUUGUGAAGAGAAUGAUGUAGGUGACCUCUGGAUACGAGGUCAAAAUAUCUUAUUCCAGAAGAUUGUCCCUUCAGACGAAGAUAAGGACACAAAAGUAAUAUGCGAGGAAGAAUCGCACAAAACUAUUAUGGGAAUCCAAAAUAAGAAUGAUGAAGAAAAUAAAGUUCGCGAGAUCGUGGCAGACUCAGAUGCCAACGUUACCAAUGUAGUUAAUACAAAGGAUGAUCUUGUACGCGAUAACUCAGUAGACGUCUUCACAACUCAGAACAAAGUAGCAAUUAUUCACUGUCAACAGGAUGCAGAUUCUGAGUCCGACUCCCUUCACGCCGAGUACGAUUUUGUUGACUCAUCCGACACAGAAAAUGAUCUUCACGAUGAGGAUCACUUCAGUAAAGUCAGCGAUGAUAAUGAAUGGGAGAUAGAGGACCAGUCUGAUAUGUCAUCAGAACCGGACAAAAACAAAGCAGCGAGAAUGGAGAGCGAGCCGGGUAGAGACAUUCCCGCUGUUGACAUGACGACAUGGCUAUAUGCUAAUGCGGAUACUCAGCCGACUGGUGACAUUCAUAAAUUAAUUGAAGAUGAUAGUAGCAUACAAGAAGCUAGCUGCUUAGAGAGCCAAAUAAUUCAAAUGCCGACGCAAGUGAUCACGGAUUCACUAAAAUGCAUGUCAUGUUCAUCAGCGGAAUCACCUGCUGUGCCAAAAGAAUCAGAGAUCACAAAGGAACUUAUAACAACACUGACACAUGAUUCUGAUCUUAAAGCAUCAGAAGACGCAGCAGCUUCAAAGGACUUCUUGGGUACAGGAAGUGUUGCUUUGCCUUCUGUUGAGGAUAAUGGUAGCAACUUUGAAGCGCCUGACGUGCUGGAUGUGAUUGAGGUACAAUCAGUCGGGGACGUUCUGGUAGACAGCGAUGAAGUACAUGGUUACCAGGAUGAUGAGAAAGAAGCAGCGACAGCACUGAUACCAAGUUCCAAAAUACCAUCCUCAGCGACAGCAACCGGAAAUCUAGCUAUCGAGCAGCAAGUCCAAGACCAGGAAAGCGCUGUCUCGCGUGGAACAGAGCUCGACGGUAGAAUAAGGACACUGCAGGGCGGCGCAAUAACCCAAAGCACUGAUCUGACCUUGUCGCUGGCCCUGAGGUUACCAAGUUUUAUUCAGGAAACAGGCAAUCGAGGACUUGAAAGUUACCUAACAAAAUAUCAGCAUGACAACCUGCCAAAGAGCAUUCUUCCCCAUGUAACUGAAGCUAGGGAUGAGGAGCAUCAAGAGAGGAUGGCCAAAAGUGUGCACCUAGAAUAUAGGGACGAGAAUCACAUUUGGACAAGCUCCCACGAAACGCAUGGGGAGGUAGAAAUUGAAGAGUCAGCCAGUGUUUGGAAUUCAGUAACACAAACCUCCUUUUUGCCCACUUCUAUCGAAAACCCCAUCACCAUGGCAGUGAGUCAGCCCAGCAUCCCUUACGAACAGCUUAUUCAAUUCCCUUCUUCUAACCUCUGUACUGAUGCCUCAGUUACAGAAAUUCCAAGUAAAGAAGUCAACGGAAUUAUAGUUAGUGACGACAUGACUGAGCCUGCGGACAAAGUGAAAAGGGAAAAGGAGGAACCGAAAAUUACAACAUCACAACAAAGCUUAUCAGAAACCGAAGCGGAAGGUACCGGGCAACUUGCUUCUGCCUCGAAAACUGUCUUUGUCUUGGAAGGCACAUCAUCAAAAGACAGUGGAUGUCUGGAGUCGGCCUCACAGGAGACUGGCAAGAAAAAGAAGAAACAGAAAAAAAAGAUUCCCUCAGCUUUAAUGAUAGAGACUGCCAACAUAGAGGAAGAUAAGUCUCGCAAGCCUACAACAGCAGCUCACUCCGGAAGUGGUGUGCUACAAACUGCAUCACCCUUUACGCCUGCAGUAGAGUCCCAGACAUCAGAUGAGAUACCCAAGGUAACAGUUUUUGCUAAAAGGACGAAAAAGAAAAAGAAAUCAUUCCAUUCUCAGAGCAAUGACCCUACUACUGAACAUAAAGGCGAGCUGCAGCUGACAUCCUCAAAUGACAGAGUUGCACACUUUUUUUCACAUGUCCAAGAAGAAAGUGUGCCCUCAGAAAAUUUCACAGAAAAAGUUUCUACUGCAUUCGAGCUGGAAUCGCACACCGUUAGUCUGUCCGCCUGCAAAUCAUCAGGAGAUGUGAAAACACUAGGUGACCUGACGUCGCAGCCAGGUAGCCACAUCUCAGUAAAAGAGGAGCAGAGAAUUCUGACCGAACAGCAGCCGAAAGAAAUUUUAAAAUUAUCAGCUAGAUCAACUGCAGCUUUUUCGAUGCCCAAACGCGAUCAAACUUCAGCUCAUGCAUCAAUAAUUAAUUUGGCUUCACAUAGUGACCCAGUUUUGCCUUUCGAAGGAAAGACAGAAGGACAUUCUGUUCAGUCAGGGGUAGACACCCACGUGGCUGACAAGUCGACGUCCUCUCGAAGAAGACGGAAGUCAUCUCGAAGGGACAAACAACCACUGGAAACCCAGCAGCAGCCUCUUUGUCCAUCAUCAAGUAAGCUGGAACCUCAUGUAUCCGCCGACACAUCAGGCCCUUUCCAGAGAGGUAAGAGGCGUUCGCAAAGACAUCCCGACAACGCCAGUGACUUGAUGCUGGAGAGCUCGCCACCAUCUGGUAGCUGCAGGCGGCAGGAGGACCCCAGUCUCGGAUUCAAGGACACGUCAGAAGGAAAGCGCUUACAAGAUGGCGACAACAAGGACUUUGGUGUUGCUAUGGCUCGCCUGUCGGUGCUGACAGGAAUGCGCAAGAAGAGGAAGCGCAGAAACAAUAUUGUUGUAGUAGAGCAGUCGAGGCGAUUCUGAACGACUUGUGGUGGUUCUUGCCACUCCACACGAGUAAGACGAAUUUUCGAGACGGAUACAUUUUUGAAUAUUAUGGUUCUGUCCCCAUUCAAAGAUGUUUUUUAAGCUAAGAGAAGUAAUGACCUUAUUUGGAACCUACGUAAAGCCGAAAGCUGGAAAUCUUUUAAAUGCAGUAAUAGCUUUUACAUGUCACUGUCGUCUGGGACAGAAAUGUCAUUCCAUGUUUGGAAACAUAAACAAAGUUCAACUUCUGCCCUUCUGUGUACAAGCCAGUCAUAAACCUUUUUUUUUUUUUUUUUUUUUGGUCACUUCAGAAUUCUUAAUAAAAAUGAAAUAGAAAUACAGUAAACCCUCCUUAUUAAAUCCUUCAUAUUUCGACCCACUCUUAAUAACAACUCGAUUUUUUUCACGAAUGUAUUUCGAUAUAUAUAGAAACGGAUCGUCUCUAUUAUGACUAGUCUUACUUACGGCCAACAGUUUGAGCUCUAUUAAAACUUUUUUACGCGUUGAAAGAAAGUACAUUUUAAAAUAAAGUGCUUCUGGCUGACCAUUUAUCUUAUUUUCUGCAGAAAUAACGUAAAAUAAGUACAUUUUGAAAGAGGCUAAUUGUUCAUUGGAUCACCGGUCAUGUUGACCCAAAUCACAUCGCUCCUGUCAUACAAUAUCUACCACCCGCCUAAAUCCAAUCGACCCCGUGAUAAGCUUAUUGUCCCAACUAUUGAAUGUAUGUGAAGACGUUUGAUUAAAAUCUCGCAAUUAUGCAUAAACGGGAUUUUCUUUAAAAUAAAUUUUUAAAGCCUUUGUCGUCAUUAUUCUUUAGUUUGGAUGUUCUCAUUAAACGUUCUGUUAAUAUGACAUAGGUGUUACUUCUCGGACAUUUCUUUGGCUUGGGCUUGGUCAAUUCGGUGCUGGAACGAUGUAGUCUUACGUGGAUAGGUAUGGUCAUGAUGAGAUCGAUUCGACUCAGGCGGGAGGUCAAUAUAGCCUGGAGGAUAUGGUUUUUGGUUGAAAUGACGACCUGAUUCAUUGUUCACUCGCUUGGUGUGUGCUGAUAAAGAAUAAGCACACGUCAGUCAAUUGUACUUUACUAAUGAACUUUUGCAGAGGUCACGUGUUUAUAAAAAUAACAUUUUUAUGACCAACCAUUUGUGCUUUAUUGCGACUUUUGCCGAAAUCUCGUUCAAAGAUAUAAAUGGUGCAUUUCAAGAAAGCAUCUUUGUCUACCACAGUACGUACACCUGUAUUGAUUGAUUGCUUUUACCUGGCGAGUUAGUUCGCCUAUAAAUCUUCAGUCAAAUCUUUUUCUCAUCUGAACACAAAAUCACGGUUUUCUUCUUUUCUUCCGAAUUUCAGCAUUCAUCGCCUAGUAAUUUUGUGCAGGUAAUGACCGUUUUGAAAACCAAUAUCAAGCUUAUUUGAUGUUGUCUACAAAUUGCCAGGGGCUACAUUUUUGUGUUAUUCACAUAAAGUAAAGUCCAAGCAAGCACAUGAUAAGUAAAUAGUAAAUAUGCCUUGAUCUUAAACGAAAUUCCAAGGUCAAAGCAACGCCUGAUGAUAAGUUUUGCUGACCUAUGUGUAGCUGUUUUUGGUUUAUCAAAUUUUCUUACAAGCAUGACUAGUAUGCAGAAUUGGUUUCGUGUACCUUACAUGAUGAUGGUCAUUAAUUCGUAUCUGAUAGAUGUUAAUAUUGUACCGUUCGUACAAUUUAUAUUUUUUUUUUGUAUCAAUUUUAUUCACUUCACUUAAAUCAAAUAUGAAAAAAAUUCAACACGAUCAUUAUCCCAAGUUCAGUACGUAGUAGUAUCAUAGUAAAUACCAAAAUGUCAACUCAUAGAAGGACGGAAGUAUAUAUAUAUAUCUUGAUAGUUGCCAUAUCCCUUUAAAUAUUUUAUAAGAAUGAAGAGUAUAUUUUAUAUGUUAACCUUUUUUCAACAAGUGUGUUGUUAAUGAUGAUGAAUAUCAUCUUUCUGCUACAUAUCUGUUCUUUAGACUAUAUUGCAAAAAUUCGUACAGCUUGGAGUUGAACCUCGAAGUUUUGAUACAAAGAUAUGUUUCUCACCCAAUAAAAGGAUCAAGUCGAAGCUUCUUUGGUCUAACCCUAACCCUAACUCUGUAGACACAUUGUUUUAACUCAUAUGACCAUAAUAUGACCAGUCCUUAAAGGCAUACCCAGUUUGGGGUUUUUUUGUGUGUGUUACAAAAUGCACAUGUAGGAGAGUCUUUGAUCUUCCUCAAAUAAAGAUAUUGGCCCCUAGAUAUUAUUUGUGUCAAAAAUAUCGUAAAUUAUUUAUACUGGAAACACUGUAGAUCUUCACCAUUAGUUUUCCGUUGAGUCUGUUAAAAUAUCAAAUUUGGGGCAUAAAUGUCACAAUGCUUGGCGCUGAAAGCUGGUGUGUAAAAAAAGGACAGUACCCCCCAGCUACGGUUGUUACACCAUAAGCGACUGGAAUAUAAAUGCUAAUACCAGUCAGAUAGCUUUGUUUGUAUCUUUAGUAGAUGCACUGUACUAUUGCAUGCCUUAUUAAUUACAAUUAUUCAUUUAUCACAUUGUGCUACCGUCAUAUUGUUUCUUAAAUUCUGUGUAAUAUUUCUUAAGAGUAGAGAAGAGGACAAACUUCCAGUUUCAUUAAUUGUGUUUUUUAAUUUAUUCAAAAGUCUCUAUCCCACGACCACAGAUAUUAAGGGUCAACUGAUUUAACAUGUGCCGAUGUUGGCAUGUUUCCUUCCUGAGUGGUCUGUAAUACCCCUACGGAAAUUAUUUUUUAUUAAGCAGGGCUUCUGCUUACGCAAAAAAAUUGCAUACAGUACGCAUUAAAAGUUCGGAGGACCCCUUCAAUUUUCAUCAAUGGGGUCCCAGGGGACCCCUUCAAAUUUGG